CUUUUCUCUCUUGGUUUUCGCUCUUUUUUUGUUAUUUUCUUUUUUUUUCGUUUUUCGAUUGUUUUUUAUUAUUAUUUGAAAAGAUGAUCUCGUCAAGUUCUUCAAAUGCCGAACAACCUGUUUAUUACAUUGAUUGUGAUCAGUACUAUGUCGGUGAUGAACCGCCUAUAUUAUCGGUGCGUCGAGAUUCAGUCAAGCCGCCUAUUGUUAUCUUGACGGGAACGCGGACUUCAGCCCCUGUUCCGAGUGUGUAGCCAAUGUUUUUUCUUUCUUGUUGUCCUUUUUUGUACACAUGGAUUUAUAUGAUUCAGAAACAAGACCAUACAGACCUCAUUGUUCUAAUAUCCCGCUCCUUCUUUUUUUUUCUUCUUCACAAGCCAUCCAGGAUGAACGCAUGCACCGAGAACACAGUAUUAUUUUACUAGAUCAACGUACACCGGCAGCUGAUCGAGCCGGUCUGGAUGAACCCGCGGGAUCCACAGGUCCAAAUCACCAUCCUUCUUCCUCCAUGCAUCCUUUUCCCGGUGGUAGUAUGGGAGGCGGGCCAGGCGGCCCAGGACCAGGCGGACCUCGUGGCGGCUUACCAGGUGGUGGUGGACACUAUGGUUCGAUUCCUCCCAUGCCUUGGCCCAUGUUUCCACCGAUGGGCGAUCCGGCAGGCCUACAGAUGCAAAUGCCGAGGCCAAUGCCAACGCCGUGGGUGCCUGGUCACCGACCGGAUAUGUUGUCUCAUGGUCCUCUGCAACCGCCGUUGUUUCCCGGGCAAUUAUCACAUGGUAUGAGCCCGGCUGGCAUGACCCAUCCAUUGGGAUCGCCUUUCAAUCUGAACCCGCAUUUACCCUUUGCUUUAAAUGAGGCUCCUCCGUUUCAUGCUUACCCAACACCUCCUUUUCAUCCCGAAUAUCCAUCGCCCUUUUCAGGCUCCCCCGUCUUCCGUCCACGGGAACCUCGCUUGUCAGGAUGGCCAUCGCCACAUCAUGAAUGGCCCAUGCGAGCCUCAUCGAUGCGAUCCAGUCACUCUCCUUCUGUUCACGCUCCUCCUCCUCCGCCUCCACCGCUUGGGUCCAUGCGCAUGCCAUCGUCAGCUUCUUCUCCACGAAUGCCUUCCAAGUUACGUCGUUCACUCAGCGAUCGUGUCGUCCCAACCCAUCGACAGUAUGCAUCGCCAUCCGCGUACCAUCCACCUCAUGAAAAACCCCGCAGUCGGUCCACACGAAAAAAUGUUCGUUUCCUUGGAAACAGACGCGAUGAUUCCAUCACCCUAGGUUACCCCUCCGAUUCCGAUCGUGAAUAACUUAUACCAUACGAAACAUUCAUUGCCAUGACGAAAAAAUAAUAAUAAUAUCGACUGCCAUUCUGUUACAGCGGCUAGUGUUCUUUUUUUAGGGGAAACUUGUCGUCACUUGCACUACCUUGGCGCUGUAUCGAAUUACCCAAAAAAGACAAUGUUAUUACUCUCUACUGAACUAUAAAAAACAAGCACAAGUUAGACCCUCCAGGUGGGUCGUUGACCAUUAUCACAGGAGCCAAUUUUGGUUAUAUGGAUAUAGAAUAAAUAAUCCAAUCCUAUAUACGGACGGAUAUCUAUUUGUAGUCAUUUUUUUGAUAUUCGUGAAACGAUAAAGAGAUGGCGACCAGAUUUUUAAAUAAG